AGUUAAACUAUUGUAUAUUCGCUGUACGUUUGAUUUCUGAUCGUGUAUAAAAUUAUGGAUACUAAUAAUUAUUUGUGUAAAUAACAUUAAUGAACCAGUUAAAACCUUUAGUAAUUAAAUUUCAAUAAAAUUAUAAUAAAAAUUGCAAAAUUGAUAAUUAUGGAUGGUAUUAUUCAUUUGUUUUUAUACAUUCAAAUUAAUUUUUGCUGUGUACAUUAGUUGAAACUCGACAAAAAGUAUUGAUACUGUAUUUAAAAAUUAUAUGACACAUUGUAUAAAAAAUAUAUGAAUGAAAUAUAUUUCAGUUAAUUUAUUUUAAUUCAAUAUAGUAGAUUACAUAAAUGUGUAAUGAAAAAAAAACAUGUAUAAACAAAAUUUUCCUGAAAAUUUAAAAUAUUCAUACAUUUAUAUCAUAGUAUUUUUGGAUUUAGUUGGUAUUAGUUUAAUCAUUCCAGUACUGGGAACACAUUUGAGAAGUAUCGGAGCUAGUCAUUUUCAAGUAGCACUUUUAAGUUCUACUUAUUCAGCUCUUCAAUUUUUAUCUGGCACUUUUAUUGGUGCUCUUAGUGAUAAAUAUGGUCGUAAAAAUAUACUUCUUUUAACUUUAAGUAUUUGUGCACUGGCAUACUUUGUUUUAGGUAUUAUAAAAUCUUUUGUUCUUAUAGCUGUAGUCCGUCUUAUUCAAGGGUGUGUAAAACACACUCAACUUUUAUGUAAAAUUUUAAUUAAUGAUAUUGUACCACCAGAGCAACAAACAGCAGCAUAUGGUUGUAUGAAUGGCUUUGCUGCAUUAUCGUUCAUUAUUGGUCCAAUUGUUGGUGGUCAUCUUAUGGAAAAAAAUGAAGGAUUUUAUAUUUUAGCUUGCUGUACUGCUAUUGUUUUUUUACUUAAUGUCCUAGUUAUAUGGCUGACAGUUCCUAAUACAUUAGUUAUAUUAAAUCCAAAAACUUUAAAUAAAAAUAUAAAAAAUUCAUCUCCAUUUAAUGAUCUAUUGGAAGUUGAUUGGAAGGAAUGUUGGCCUGCGUUUUCUUUGAAAAUGUUAGGCGCAGCCUCAAUGUUUGCAUAUUACAACUCUGUUAGCUUAGCAAUAAAAGAAAAGUUUAGUUUAUCACCAAGUGAAGCUGGGUAUACAGGAGCUAUUCAAGGAUUUACUGGGGGAAUUACUGGGUUUUCAGCUGGUAGUAUUGAACAUUUAUUUAUGUUCAAAAACCCAUUUUCUAAGUGUUAUUAUUCUUUUUUUUUACUUGGAACUGGAUUUUGCACUCUAGCAUUAUCUCCUACUGUAACUAUAUUUACUUUAGCACUCAUACCAAUCACUAUUUCUAGUACAUUGCUUAGGGGAUAUAACAAUGAAAUAUUAUAUGAAAUUAGUUCAGUUGAUCAUAGAGGACUAAUUGCUGGCGCAGGAGCUAGUGUUACUGCAAUAUCAAGAUUUAUAUCACCAUUGUUAUGUGGAUUAACAAUGGAUAUUUUUGGUAGUAGUUCUGGUUUUAUUUUGUCUGCUAUAUUUGCAUUUGCUGGUGCAUUUUUAUCAAAAAUGCUUUCUAAAAAAUCUAAAAAUGAUUGAUACUAACAUUAAAACCAAUAAUAUUUAAAAAUUGACUAUUUAUGUUGUAUAAAUUUCAAAUAUUUAAAUAAUAUUCUAAUUUUUAAUAUUUAAAAUUAUGUACUGGGUUUCAAUUUGAAAUAUGAUGCUAUUAGUUUAAGUGUAAGUUAUUAUUGUUAUUUAAUAGUAGUUAAAUUUUAUAUUAAAAUAUUAUAUAUGUUUAUGUUAAUUUUAAGGAAUUUAAAUUUAUGACUUUGAAAAGAUUACUAUUUUAAA